GAUAAAUGCCGAAAAAGAAGAUUUUUUUAAAAAAAUAAUUGAUCUAAAUAGAGAAAAAAGAGGUUGGAAUGUUGAAGUAAAAGAAUUAAAAGAAGAAAUCGAAUUAAUGAAAAAAGAACAUUCCAAAGAAAUUGAAAUAAAUUUUCAAGAGAUUAAUGAUUUUCAAAAACAAAUUGAAGAUCUACAUCAAGAAAUAAAAGGAUUACAAAACGAAUCAAAAGAGGAAAUAAUAAAAGAGGAAAUAUUAAAUAUUGAUAAUGAAGUUGAACAAGAAAUAAACGAUAAUGAUUUUGUAGGUAGUUUAAAUAGUAUAUCUAUUGAUAAUAGAUAUAUUAAUAAUUUAAAUAAUGUAAGUGAUGAUACAAUAGUUGAUAAUACAAUAUUUAAUAAUAUGCUUCUUUGUGAUUCAAUAGUUGGAAAAUACAAUAGUAAAAAAUUUAAACCAAGUAAAAAAAAUGUUAUAGAAGAUGAUGAAAUAGAAAAAGAUAAUAAAAAUCCUGAAGAAAU